CAGUUGAAGCAUCAACUAUCUCGAGCCUGCCUAAAACAAGACAGCACUUUACCAACAAACAUACCUCCGUUUUUUUCCGAUGUAAAGUAAUAUUGACAACCUAACAUAUAGAGGAGUCUUUCCACAAAGAUAUUUGAAUUAAUGAUAAUGUUUUGUUACUUUUGUUGUCAUUGCUGUUGUGUAUCUAAACAGAACAAGAGCUAUGUUAUAUCCGAUAGAAUUGAUGAUAUCAUUAGUGGCUAUUUACUCUCUUGAAGCCGCUAUUGAUGAUUUUGAAAGGGAUAUGGGCUCGGAGAAUCUUGGGAAAGAGAAGGUGAACGUGUUGGAGCACCUGUCCCAGCUGGUCAUCAACACCACUAAUGUAUCCUUAUCUGUGGGGACCCAGAGGUGUCCGACUCUUCACAUUGGCCUGUACGCCACACUGGCAAUGCCCACACACCAGGCAUUUGGACCAAGGUUUGUAGAUGAGUUCAGUGUGCUGAUGGAGCUGCGUAGUAUUCAGCAGGAGGAGAGUAGCCUGGUCACCGUGCUCAGUCCCUACAGCCACAUCCAGCUGCAGCUCCGUCUCAGCCCACACACGGUCACCUUCGUCUCCACUCACCACAGACAUUACGAGUUCCCAGUAGGUAUGCUGCCUGACGGCCAGUGGCACCAGGUCUCUGUAGGUGUGUCCUCCAGCUGGCUGGCCCUCUAUGUGGACUGUGAGCUGGUGGAGAGGGUGAACUGGGCCUACCCUGGACAGGACAUUACCACUGAUGGUCUGCUGAUGCUGGGGGGCAUCAUAGAGGGCUUUGAGACUCCAUUUGAGGGUGCUUUGAGACAGAUGACCUUUGUGAUGGGUGACCCCGACGCAGCCAGACACCACUGUAACCUCCACCUCCCUAUGUGUGACGGACCGGACCCCAAAGCUCCACGCUCCCCAAGAACACCCCACACACACCAGGAUGCCGACUUGUCUUCUGGUGACCUGCUAGAUGACUUGACAAACAGUACAGGGAGUUUCAGAGAGAGUUCCACAGAUAAAGGGGAUGUUGUCAUGAAUCCCUCCCUCCCAGAAGGCAAGUCUCCUAUCUCCCAGCACGCAGCCACCCUACAACAACAAGGGAAUGUGUUUGUGGGAGUUGAUGAGGCAGACCCCUCUAUCCUCACCCUACACCACACGGAUACAGGUGCCCGUGGCAGCACUUCCCCCUAUACAGUCACUGCCUUGGAUGAGAACAUCACCACAGAUGCAGAAGACAGACCACAAUAUGACAUCAUCGACCUGGACUCCCCCGGCCCCUCCCCCAGUUUCCAAAGGAAAGGCUCUGGCCAGAAGAGCCCACCCCAGUCUAGUCACCCUGACCCCAGUGUGCUCAUGGAGGAGAACCUGUUGCCUCCUGCGGGGUCAGCAGUGGAGCAGGGAAGGAUUAGUAGUGGCUCUCUCACACAGAGGGGCCAGGGGAACAGUGAAGGGGUCGGACAGGCUGGUUCUGACCACACAGGCUUGCUGAUAGUGGCACCCAAUGAGGGUGAUGUCAUAGUCGGAUCUGACAAUAAGAUUUACAGGCUCCUGAGUGGCCCUCCAGGGCCAGUUGGCCCUCCAGGAGAACAAGGAUGUGCUGGCAAAGAAGGCUAUAUUGGGUUCAAGGGAGACAUGGGAUCUCAGGGUGUCAGAGGGCAGGAGGGCAGAAAAGGUGAGACAGGCCUCCCAGGUCCUCCAGGCCUACCCACCCUCUACCUGUGGAGGAACUCCCAGGAGGAUUGGACUGACUUCAGGCGAUCAUCCUUCUUCCAUUUGCUGCGUGCAGGCUGGCCUACAGAACAGGGACCUACUGGACCAAUAGGGGAAAUGGGAAAACCUGGCCUACCAGGCAUUCCUGGAGAUCCUGGACACAGAGGAAUGCCAGGACACAGGGGAGACAUGGGUUACCCUGGACUGAAGGGUGUGUCAGGUCGAGGAGGGACCUGGGGCAUAGAUGGCGGGCAUGGCCUGGAUGGACAGCCAGGGCCACCGGGAUUCCCUGGGCUUCAGGGUCCUACAGGCUAUAAGGGAGAGAAUGCUCCUCCAGGCGAGAGAGGAGAUGAGGGUUUCACUGGCGAGAUAGGGCCAUGUGGAGACAGAGGGAAGACUGGAGAGAAGGGUUCUAAAGGAGAACCAGGGGAACCAGGUUCUGUUGGCCCACUUGGGCCGGUUGGUAAAAGAGAGUCCAAGGGUUUGGUGAUUCUGGGUAUGAUGGCGCCCAAGGUCCACUUGGGCCAAUGGGAGAAGCAGGGCCAGAUGGACCAGUUGGCCGUAGAGGGCCCCCAGGACAUCCAGGGAUGUAUGGUCUUCCAGGUCAAAAAGGGUGAAGUCGGGGCAUUGGGCAUGAAGGGUUUACCAGGCCUUGAAGGGCCCAUGGGUUCUGUUGGUGCGUCAGGGAUCCUAGGCCGUCAGGGUGAGAGGGGUCAGAGUGGCCUCUCAGGCCUUCCUGGUGUCAGAGGUCAAGCUGGCCCCCAAGGCAUUCUGGGUGAAGACGGAGAGGUCGGCCUCCAGGGAGUGGUUGGAAAGGAGGGGUCAAAGGGCCACAGGGGAACUCCAGGCCAUAAUGGGAAAUCAGGACCUAAAGGACCCAGGGGUCGUACUGGACAGCCUGGUCUUUUUGCUGUCCUUGUUGUGUGUGGUAUGUAUGCCAGACGUGUUUGUGUCUAUGUCUGUGUGUUAUGUUGCAGGGUUUUAGAGGCCUCAUUGGGACUGAGGGUGCAGAAGGAAAGCCUGGGUGAGCUUGGUUCUGCUGGUAUUCCUGGAACUAAAGGACACAGAGGAUUUUCAGGUCUGGGGGGAGCACCAGGACGAGCAGGUCCCCCAGGUGCUCAGGGUCCUCCAGGAAAGUCUGGGCAAGACGUCAGUCCUGGGCCACCUGGUGAUAGGGGCUUCACAGGGAAAGAUGGCUUGGAGGGUCGCCAGGGGCCAGUGGGCAUGUAUGGCUACCCAGGAGCAGUGGGUUUAACUGGGAGACCUGGUCAUUUUGGAGAGAGGGGGGAACCUGGUGUGAGAGGCCCCGCUGGUAUCCCUGGGAAGAGUGGACCACCAGGGUUAAAGGGAUUUCACGGAGAGAGAGGGCCCGCUGGACCUCAGGGUCGUCAAGGAGACACUGGGCUCAAUGGCAUACAGGGGUCACCAGGUCCUCCAGGCCUACCAGGGCCAGAGGGCAGGACAGGAAAGCCAGGCCCCCCAGGAAGCCAGGGGCCUCUGGGGCCUCAGGUGCCAGCCGGGCCCACCGGGUUUCCAGGCACUCCUGGGAUGGAUGGAGUAAUGGGGCAGAUUGGAGAAAAUGGAUUGCAGGGAGCAGCAGGGCCUGUUGGGGACAGUGGGCCAUCUGGACUGGAUGGACAGCAGGGUCCCCCAGGAACAGUUGGUGAGGAGGGGCCAUCUGGCAAGAAGGGGGAACCGGGAGCUCCAGGUCCCUUUGGAAAGCCAGGGCCGAAUGGACUACAGGGAGAGCCAGGGCCACAGGGCUCCCAGGGGCUGCAGGGUGAGCCUGGGCCAAGGGGCAAAGAGGGAGAGAUGGGAGGUUACGGCAACAGAGGAUAUCCUGGUCCUAAAGGACAAAAGGGGGACAUAGGACCUCGUGGAUUUUCUUGGUCGGAGGGGCCCUUAGGAGCUCUUGGGGACAAUGGGAAAAGAGGAGUGAAGGGAGAGAAGGGCUACGUAGGACUACGAGGCCAGGUGGGGUUGAUGGGGGAAGCUGGACCAUCGGGCUUGUCUGGACUGGAAGGUGUUCCAGGACCUUUUGGAUUGGCUGGGGCUGAUGGACCACAAGGGCAGAAGGGGGACAAAGGCCCUUAUGGUAUGACUGGGAACCCUGGAAACUCAGGCCUUAAGGGGGUGUCAGGCAUCAGAGGAGUGAAUGGUGACAUGGGGAAACAUGGACCAAAGGGAGUGGGGGGAGGCAUGGGGAGACAGGGAGAGAUUGGUCCAAAGGGUUUCCCCGGACUUAAGGGGCCCAAAGACGAGCCUGGAGAUAAAGGAGAACCAGGAGAGCAGGGGCCAGAGGGUCUUCCAGGCGACAGGGGGCCCCAAGCGUCUCCUGGAUUGGAGGGUUUGCCUGGUGAGGUGGGGCCUCAGGGAACUGUUGGCCCACCAGGACCUUUGGGACCAAAAGGUCAAACAGGCCCUGAAGGAAGACUAGGCCAGAAAGGUCAAAAGGGGUAUGAUGGUCGAAAUGGGUAUCCGGGAAAGACCGGACACAUUGGAAGGAGGGGGAAUAGAGGAAAAACUGGAAGCAAGGGCUUAGGUGGAGAGAGAGGAGAAAAGGGAAAGAGGGGAGAUUUUGGUUCAACCGGGCCUCCAGGAAGACAAGGGCCUUAUGGGACACCUGGCUUACAAGGAGAGAAAGGUCUAAUGGGUGGACCAGGUAUAGAGGGAGAGAAGGGGAAGAUGGGAUUAACAGGUCCUCCUGGAGGUCAGGGGUUGAAGGGGACACAAGGCCCUUUGGGACAGACAGGGAGGGCUGGCCUAAAAGGAGAACAGGGAGACAUUGGUCCUCAUGGGGAAUGGGGGACCCCAGGUCUACCUGGACUGCCUGGUUUGUUUGGAGAAAAGGGUCUAAAAGGAUUUGCUGGAACAGCAGGUCCUGUUGGAGUGAGAGGGCUGCCUGGGCUCCCUGGACCUCCUGGCCCCCCUGGAACCUCUCUGAAUCUCACUCUGGCACAACUCAAGGACCUCAUGUACCUGUCAGACAAGCCCAACUACCUCCUGAUCCAGACUCUGCUGGAUUUAUUGCACCAAGACCUGCGCUUGCUCAUAGAUCCACCAGACGGCACCAAAGAACACCCGGCUACCACCUGCUUGGAGCUCUGGCUCUCCCAGCCCAACUUCACUAACGGGAUGUAUUACAUUGAUCCUAACCAGGGCAGCCCAGCUGAUGCCCUUCUUGUGUACUGUGACUUCACUGCAGCACCAAAGACCUGUCUGUCUCCGCUCCAGCCUCAGGUGCCAGUAAAAGCAUGGCUGAAGGAUUCUGGGACAAAUAACUCAUUUCAUUGGUUGAGUUCAAAGGAAAAAGGCUUUCAGUUUGAGUAUUUAGGACCCGACGUGGUGCAGAUGAGAUUCCUGAGGUUGAACAGCAGGCUCACCAGUCAGAACAUCACCUACUCUUGCCAGCCUGGGAACAUACAGGGACUAGGCGAAAGAGAGGUGAAGUUCCUGGCAGACACACAAAGACAGAGUUACCUGGGGACAUUACAAGAUUGCGUGCCCUCUGAGGAGCUGCAUUCUGGAGGCCGUCGUGAGGCGGUGUUCCAGUUUGAGAGUGAGGACUUGGAUCUGCUUCCCCUGAGAGAUCUGGCAGUGUUCGGCAGCAGUGACCUCACACAGGAGUUUGGAUUCACUGUUGGGCCUGUGUGCUUCAGCUAAAGGAAGAGAAACACUCUUUAAGGACUGCCAAGAGCAGAGAUAACAAUGAGACAACCACCAGCCAGUGGGGAAAUGACCCAGAGAAAUGGGAGAGAAACAGAUACAGAGAAAGACAUCAGCAUCUCUCCUCUUCUCAUGACAUUCUUGUUUAUUGCUAAGACAAAGUAGAUGUACCAACCAACGGGAAAAAGUGUCUCUUUUCUUUAUCCAAAGGUUGACCAGUUACAAAUAUGAACUGGUUAGUCUAUCCAUUUUCAGAAGCCAGUGAUAUUCUUGAGAGAAAUUAUCUUUGUAUUUUGUUUACACUGAUUUAAUUUGUGAUAUUGAAACAUGCUUAUUUAUGUAAUUGGUUUAAAUGACCGAGGUUUCUUUAAAUGCUAAAGGUUGCUAUAAUAUUUUUUUCACGUUACCCAUACUUAAUUCAGGUAUGUUCUUGAUGAAGAGCACUGUGGUUUACACAUUAACCUUCACUGCUGCAAUUUAACAAUGUGGCCCAAAUUGGAGACAUAGCUACAUCUCUAUUUUAUGAGCUCCGUGCUCACUCUACGUCAUUAUAUACACACUAUACCCUUACAUCUGCAGUUAGAAACUAAGAAACAUUCCAAUAUUGAUCCCUUGGUCAAAAACUAGGAAGACUAAUAAUAUUAUGACUAUUAUUGGGAACUAUGACAAUGAAUUCUGUCUGGUGAUAAUAUUGUAUGCAUUAUUGCAUCACCUGAUAGAUGCAGUAACCUAAUCACCAUUUCUACCAUUUGUGAAAUUGUGAUGUUUUGAUUUCUGUUGAUACAGAGGAACAAUGCAGUACUGUAAAAAAAAAAUGUGUUUCAUCUUUGUUUCAAGAUAUGUAUUUAAUUGUGUGAUUUACUUAAUUUAUAUGCUGGCCAUUUUCUUUGAUGUUUUUCUUUUUAAGUUUGAAUAAAUAGCAAUCAUUCAUAUUCUCAUGUUUUGUAUUGUGCCCCCGAGAUACUAGUACUUUUGUUGUUAGACGGAAAUGUAUGAAUAAAUGAAGGGACUGUACUAAUUAAUUCCUAAUUAAUUGGUAUUGUCAUAUGGAAUAUUACACACAAUUUAUUGAGCACAACACCAAGUUGAAAAUAAGCUAUUUUAUUUUCAGUAAAACUUGAAACAAUUUAAAACGAUGUGAUUUGACUAGAUUCGAAUGAAAAUUAACU